AUGGCCUCACCUGUGCGCUCAUCAGGACAGUUGCCGCCACGCAGCUUGCGCUUUGGGAAGGAGGCAUCCACAGCAAAAGGCAGCACAUCAAGGCUGACUCCGGUCCAGUUGGCAAAGGUGGCCAGAGAGGAAUGCGAGAAGCUCAUGGGCUCUGUAUCCAGUGUCUACAGCCCAGCUGAGCUCGAACGUGCCAAGCAGAUGAAGGCCCGGGAGUAUGAGGCGAGGCCGGACCAGCUUCCACCAGAUGACCCUCAGCGACCUCCACUACCUGCCAACAAUGCUCCACUGGAGGACUUUCAUCGGCUCAGACUCCUGGAUGGUUUGGAAGGUGUGUUGAACAAAGACCGAGGGAAGAUCGAUGCUUGGCUCAAUCGAUUGCAAACGAAGGAGCGACAAGAGCAGCUGUCGGACCUAGAUGAAUGGUUCGAAAACUUCCGGGAACGAGAGCCUGAGCUGGCCAAGUUCCUUCGUGAUUGUGAGUCGGAGGUGGAACAGGGACGAAUCCUCUGCCAAAGAUCUGAAAACUUGGUCAACAAGCUAUCAGAGGACGCCGUUCACACUCGUCAUGAGGUCGAAGCAUUUGUCGGCCGCAAGCUCAAGCCCAUGGCAGGUGCCGGGGAAGGAGGAAUGGUACACGCAGUGGAGCGGAAAAGACGAUUGGCGCAGAUUCAUCAUGACGAAGCCCAUCUUGCCAAGAGGGUGCUGGAUGAGAUGAUGCAGGAAAGAGAGGAGGCGCUGGUGCAAGCAAAGAAGGAUUUCUACGAUCAGAGGCUCAGCCGCAUGCGAAUGCAGCAGGCUGAACAGGAUGAAAUCCAGCAGUUGCAGAGCAACAUUGACGAAAGGUGGGGAUUUGCCGGCCGCAAGAGUGCGGAUGCCGCGCUACACGAGAAGGCAGGGCCAGAACUCCUUGCCGAGUGUCGUGCACAGGCAUCUUCUUUGAAGUUUGGGGAGGUGGUUGUGACGAAGGCGCCAAACCUCAAGGCACGGUAUGUCCUCCACACGGUGGUGCCAGGACAUCCAAGCUCCAAGGAUCCACGACCUAUGCCUGUGGACCGCGCAGCUGACUAUGCGUCAGAUGUCGCAGAAGCGCAGCAGCUGCUGAGGCAAAGCUUCAGAGGCCUCGUGGCCAAAGCGGUGGAGCUGAAUGCCAAGUCCUUCUGCUGCCCUGCGAUCGGUUCUGGCAUCCGAGGCUUUCCGGCUUCCUUCGUGGCCAAGGAGGGGCUUCACCUCCUCGUGCCCCAGGCUGAGGGCAGCAUUGCCCAAGAGGUGCCGUAUGUCGAGGUGCGAUUCUGGGACCACCACGUCCUGAAUGCAUGGACACUUGAGGCAUGUCAACGAAAGCUGGAAGAAUGUGAGGACCAUGCAACUGUAUGA